AAAAUAGAUUUGAGCUAUAACUUAUUGACUGCAAUACCUGAAGAUCUUUUCCACAAUUUGGAAAACUUGACUGCAGUUAAUCUGAAAAGAAAUUAUAUAAGGAGUGUUACAAAAUUAUUUUCUCGAAAUAAUCGUUUGGAACAUAUCGAUUUAAGUAAUAAUUUAAUCGAAUCUUGCCAUUAUAUAUUUCAAUCGAUGCAAUCCUUGAAGACUAUUAAUUUGCAUGGUAACCAUCUUAGUAAAUUAACAAAAAAUUACUUUUUGUCUCUUCCAUCGCUUGUGGAAUUGAUUCUCAGUCAGAAUUUUAUUUCCCAAAUCGAUUCAGAAGCUUUGUCUGAGCUAGACCGGUUACAACAUCUUGAUCUGUCCUUUAAUAGACUAAAAACAUUGUCAAGAGAAUCGUUUUCCGGUGUUUCAGCUAUUCAAGAAAUAAUUACGACUGGUAAGUACAUUUAAUCUCCAACCAUUUGCAUCUGAAUUUCAGAAAAUAAAAUAAUUUUUAAA